ACGACGUGAACAUGGUGAGGGGAGGGUUGGUGAAGUUAUUUUGUUAGACCACGUUUUGGGAGAGGUCGAGCCAGUCAGCCGUUAGCCAAAUUUCCUCUGUAUUGCUCUUAAUUAUUUUCAUUCUGAUUGUAGUUCUUAAACUGGCUCCUAAAGGUGCCUGCUAUGCUGUAGCGAGUGGGGAGCGGAGGACCAGAUUGGGGCACAGAGAAUAAGAGAUGGGGAAGCAAAAGAAAGCAAGGAAGUAUGCGACUAUGAAGCGAAUGCUUAGUCUCCGAGAUCAGAGGCUUAAAGAAAAGGAUAGAUUAAAACCUAAAAAAAAAGAAAAGAAAGAUCCCAGUGCACUCAAGGAAAGAGAAGUCCCCCAACAUCCUUCCUGCUUAUUCUUCCAAUAUAACACACAGCUGGGCCCACCUUACCACAUCCUGGUUGAUACCAACUUUAUCAACUUUUCCAUUAAAGCCAAACUUGACUUAGUACAGUCAAUGAUGGACUGUCUUUAUGCCAAGUGUAUCCCUUGUAUAACUGACUGUGUAAUGGCUGAAAUUGAGAAACUGGGGCAGAAGUAUCGAGUGGCUCUAAGGAUUGCCAAGGAUCCAAGAUUUGAACGAUUACCAUGCACACACAAAGGAACCUAUGCAGAUGACUGCUUAGUGCAGAGAGUAACUCAGCACAAGUGUUACAUUGUGGCCACAGUUGACCGAGACCUUAAACGAAGAAUCCGGAAGAUUCCUGGAGUUCCCAUCAUGUACAUUUCUAACCAUAGGUACAACAUUGAGCGGAUGCCAGAUGAUUAUGGAGCCCCUCGGUUCUAAUUCUUAAAAGUUAGAAUUCCUCUGCCUUCCUUAACCAACUCUUUCUAUUGCUGGUUCAUAUUAGCAACAUGCUAUAGCAUGAAUUAUUCUUCUUACCCUUUUCCUGUUAUGAGCUUAGUAUAAUUAAAUACACUCACUUUUUGGUAUUGUUUUGAAAUUGAUAUUUUGUAUCAUUUUAAAUAUUGUUGCAUUUUCUUAUAAAUCAGAUGAUUGCUCAUAUAAUUUGGUGGUGGUUGUUUUAUAUCGAUUUACUCAACAUAUAUUUAUUACGGUUAUCUUUGGUACUUAAUAAGAUAUGGUCCUUCCCUGAAAACUUUCGUAUUAUAAUAGAGGAAAGAGAAACAUGUAUGUGAAUAAAUAUAGUCAUAUAAUGGCACCAAGUUAAAGGUAUGAGCGGAUAGACCCGGAUAUGAGAAAAGAAUGAUUUCUUUCUACUUGGUUGGAAUGGGGAGGGAGGUAAGGCUAGAGGUAGUUAUAUUUGAGUUAAUCUUUAAAAGUGAAUAAGUGCUCACCCAGUAUAUGAACAAAGAAAUGAGGCAUAAGAAACAUAUGAACAAAAGUACGGAGACUUGGAUGUUCCAUGGAAUGAUUGCUUGGCCUGUGCAGACACUAUCAUACGGUUUUUCUAACUAGAACAUGGGGAAAAGAGAUCGAUCCUGCAUCUGAGACUCCAGGGGAGGGAGGUAGCUGAGAGGGGACCUUAUAUGACAUGGUAAAGGGUUUGGACUUGAUUGUGAAGUCAACAGGAACUUACUAAAAUUUUAAGUAAGGUGAAUAAUAAGAUCAGAUUAGAUAUUUCAAAUGAUCACAAGGUAGUGUAAGAAUAGAGAAAUAAAACAUUGAAGUAGAAUUGAAAGUCCAUAAACUGAUAUAUUUAUGACAAGUUGGUAUAUUAUCAAGGUGGUAUUUCAAAUCUGGAACAAGGACAUUUUAUUGAAAUGCCAAAUAGUGUGGAGUAAUUCUUAGUGGGGUUAGACUCCUGAUUCCACCACUUACUAUCUGUAUGAAUUGGGCACAGUAUAACCAUUUGGUGCCUUCCUUGCUACCUCUUUAAAAUGUGUUGUCUAAGAAAAAAUAAAAUGUGUUGUCUAAUCCUUAAAACAAGUCUGAUAAGAUGGGAUGAAAUCAAAUAGUACGUGACAAUUUAGUAUUGCUCAGUAAAUGUCGGUGAUUAUUAUAGUGUCAUAAUGGCUAGUGGGCUAUCCAUUUGAGAAAAGUUUUUGUAUUCCUACUUUAUAUCCUUCAUGAGAAUACAUUUCAAGUGGGUCAAAGGUCUAAACUUUUUUUUUUUAAGCUAUGGAAGUCUUAGGAAAAGCACAAAAAAUGCCUAUAAUCUUUGUAUAGAAUUCUCAAGUAAGAUGGAGAAUUUAAAAGCCAUAAAAGAAAAAAGAUUAGUAGGUGUGACUAUGUUAAAACUAUAUAUUUCUGUGGAAGGCAGCCCUCCCAAAUUAAGACAAGUGGCUGACCAAAAGAUCUUCCAAUAUAUUUAACAAGGUUGUGAAGAAAUGAGUAGUCACACAGUGGUGAGAAGAUUACAGAUGGAUAUAACUGUUUUAGGUAGCAGUUUGGCAGGAACCCUUAAAAUAAAAAUUACAGAUAUCCAAGGAACCCAGUUAUAUUUUGGGGUCACUUAUAGGUAUACAGGUGGUUUUCUUUAAUAUACAUGGUUAAUGUGAUAAUAAGUGCAUAAAUGCAAUAUAAAUGCAUUUUAUAGUAUAAGUAUAUUUAUACAGUAUAAGUAUAAGAUAAUAAGUGCAUAAAUGCAAUAUAAAUGCAUAUUAUAAAGAAACAUUCACACAUGGAUACAAAGAAGCAUCUUACCGCACCACCGUUUAUAAUAGAGAAAAACUGAGAAGAAUGUAAAGUUCCAUCAAAAGAAUCUUAACUAUGUUACAUCUCUACAUUUAACCCUUGAACAAAGCAAGGGUUGGGGGGCUGAGUCCCCAUACAGUUGAAAAUCCGAGUAUAACUUUUGACUCCCCCAAAAUUUAACUACUGAUAGCCUACUCAUGACUGGAAGCCUUAGUGGUAGCAUUAACAGUUAUUGCAUAUUUUGCAUGUUAUAUGUAUUAUACCCUGUAUUCUUACAAUGACAAAAGCGAGAGAAAAGAAAAGGUUAAGAAAAUCAUAAGGAAGAGCAAAUAUGUUUCUAAUACUGUA